CCAGAAGAUACAGACCAACUCAAACUUCGGAGUACGAGAGAUAGUCAAUUAAUUGUUCUCUCCUCAUCAUGGCUCCAGCUUUUGGCAAGAAGCGCAAGGUCUUGGACGGCAUCCAAGGGAAAGCUGGUCGUUCCAAGAAGUUCAAGAAGCAGCGCGACUAUCACAGCAGCUCCGACGAGGCAGAAGACGAACCUACAGCCACCGAUUUCAAGGCCGUCAACUUGGCCGAUUCAGAUGACGAGGAAGUCGCGGUAGCCACGAAGACGCAGAAGUCCACCAAGAAACCAACCAAAUCUACUGGCGCGUCGACAAAAUCGAAAGCGGAGUCCAGCGAUGAAAGCUCCGUUCACAGCGAGGACGAGAGCGAUGAGGGGGAAGAAGAUGGCGAUGCCUCAGAAUCUGAUACAUCCAAAGAUUCGGACGACGAUGGCGAUUCCGAUGUCUCGAUGACGGCCCCCAAUGCAGACCGCAGAGCAGUCUCCAAACGAAACGAUCCGUCCGCUUUCUCAACCUCUAUCUCCAAGAUUCUCUCGACCAAACUCCCGACCUCCGCUCGCGCUGAUCCCGUCCUGUCCCGCAGCAAAACGGCGCAACAAACUAGCACCGAAAUCGCAGAUGAGAAACUAGAUAAGCAAGCGCGGGCCAAAUUGCGGGCCGAGAAGAAGGAAGAACUCGACCGUGGCCGAGUCCGCGAUGUGUUGGGUGUGGAACGGGGACAGACAGGUGCCGUUGCAGAGGAAGAGAAGCGUUUGCGCAAGACCGCCCAGAGGGGUGUGGUUAAGCUGUUCAAUGCCGUUCGGGCAUCGCAAGUGCGUGGAGAAGCGGCAGUCAAGGACGAAAGACAAAAGGGAACCGUCGGCAUGGGCGAGCGAGAGAAGACCGUGAACGAAGUCAGCAAGCAGGGCUUCUUGGAAUUAAUCAAUGGGAAGAAGGGAAAGCCGUUGAAUAUCGAAGAAGCGUAACGGCAUACAUUCGUUCUAUCUUGAUCCGAACUAGGCAUGACUGAGGCGUUUACGGUAUUGCUUUACUCGAUGUUUUUUUUCUUCUCUUUUUCUUAAACAUGUACAUGUGGAUCAAAAGUCACUCUUAUUUACAAGUUCUUGUCAAAUAGAAUGGAGGGGAGAGAAUACCCGAUACUAU